AUGACCCGGCGGAACGGCUGUACGAUCUACGUGGGCAAUCUCCCCGGCGACAUCCGCGAGAGGGAAGUAGAUGAUCUCUUCUACAAGUAUGGACGUAUAGUGGAAAUUGACUUGAAAAUUCCACCGAGGCCUCCUGGUUUUGCUUUUGUUGAGUUUGAGGACCCACGUGAUGCUGAAGAUGCAAUAUAUGGCCGUGAUGGAUACAACUUUGAUGGCCAUAGGUUGCGGGUGGAAUUAGCUCAUGGUGGACGAGGUCCAUCUUCUUUUGAUCGAUCUAGCAGCUAUAGUAGUGCUGGACAACGCGGUGCCUCUAAACGUUCUGAUUACCGUGUUAUGGUUACUGGAUUACCUUCUUCAGCAUCAUGGCAAGAUCUCAAGGAUCAUAUGCGGCGAGCUGGUGAUGUCUGUUUCACUGAUGUGUAUCGUGACGCUGGAGCAACUAUUGGACUAGCUGAUUAUACUAACUACGAAGAUAUGAAACACGCGAUAAGGAAGCUAGAUGAUUCUGAGUUCCGUAAUGCUUUUUCAAGGACACAUAUCCAGGUGAGGGAGUAUGAUGCUAGGCGCAGCCGUUCUCGCUCCAGAGGCAGAAGUCGUAGCCGCUCUAAGUCGAGAAGCAGAAGCCGUAGCCGCUCAUACUCAAGAAGCAGAAGCCGCAGUUAUAGCAAGAGUAGGAGCCCAAGAUCUAGAUCUGCUUCUCAGUCAAAAUCACCUGUUAAAGCAAGAUCACCAUCCAGAUCCCCUCCUGUUUCUCCCCUGCGUGACAAGUCUGCAAGCAGGAGUCCUGCCAGGAGCAAAAGUCUGCCCUUAUCUUGUUCUCCGGCAAAACCUGAAUGA